AGUGGCGCUCGCAGGCAGGAGACAGGAUCCAUGGCAACAAUCAUGGCAGAGGCAGAGACCCGUCAGAGGCUGCUGCGCACCGUCAAGAAGGAGGUGAAGCAGAUUAUGGAGGAAGCUGUCACCAGGAAAUUUGUUCAUGAAGACAGCAGCCAUAUUGUGUCCUUUUGUGCUGCCGUAGAGGCAUGUGUUCUGCAUGGGCUGAAACGGCGGGCAGCAGGCUUUCUGCGCAGCAACAAGAUCGCAGCGCUCUUCACAAAGGUGGGGAAGAGCUUCGCCCCUGCUGAGGAGCUGUGUAGGAAGGCCCAGGAGCUCGAGCAGAUCAUCGAGACAAAACGAAGUCAAAGUUUGCAAAGUCAAGACAGCCUUCGCAAGAUGCCCCGACUGCCCAGCCUCACCCCGCAGGGAGUCAAGAACCUGUGGAUCCGAACAGCUCUUUUUGAGAAGGUGCUGGACAAGAUCGUCCUUCACCUGGUGGAGAACAGCACUAAGUACUAUGAGAAAGAGGCUGUUCUAAUGGACCCUGUGGACGGACCUAUCCUUGCCUCUUUGUUAGUGGGACCUUGUGCUUUGGAGUAUACAAAGAUGAAGACAGCUGAUCACUUCUGGACAGACCCGUCUGCUGAUGAGUUGGUGCAGAGACAUCGCAUCCAUGGUGGCCACUGCAGACAGGAUUCUCCCACUAAGAGGCCUGCACUGUGUAUCCAGAAGCGGCACUCCAGCAGCAGUAUGGAUGAACGCCCCUCCCCCUCGCCAUCAGCUCGUGAAUAUGUGGAGUCCCUACAUCAAAACAGCAGGGUGACCCUACUGUUUGGCAAAAACAAUGUGCUCGUACAACCGAGGGAUGACAUGGAGGCUGUCCCGGGUUAUCUCUCUCUGCACCAAAAUGCUGACAUCAUGACCCUGAAGUGGACACCCAAUCAGCUCAUGAACGGCUCAGUUGGAGACUUGGACUAUGAACGCAGUGUAUACUGGGACUAUGCCAUGACGAUCCCUCUAGAGGAGAUAGUUUACUUGCACUGUCAUCAACAAGUUGACAGUGGGGGGACAGUGGUACUGGUCAGUCAGGAUGGGAUCCAAAGACCUCCACUUCGCUUCCCCAGAGGAGGCCACUUGCUCCAGUUCCUCUCCUGCCUGGAGAACGGCCUGCUCCCCCAUGGCCAGCUGGACCCUCCUCUCUGGUCCCAGAGGGGAAAGGGGAAGGUGUUUCCCAAGCUGCGGAAGAGGGUUCCUCAGGGAUCUGGUUCCACAGAGUCGGUCUCAGACAAGGAGGAGGACGAGGCCACAGACUAUGUCUUCCGCAUCCUUUUUCCAAACAGCCAGUCAGAGUUUGUGACUGUAACCCAUCUGACUUCCACAAUCUCCCUUCAACUGAGUGGACAGUCCCCCUCCAAAACAGGAACCCUGGUUGUACCCAAGAGGUCCUGCAGCUGUCCUGAGGAAUCCCCCUCACUCACAGGAACCAGCUUGACUCCUCCAGACUUGAUGGAUCAGGGAGCUACAAUGUGGCAUCCCACUCUCAGGAAGUCCUCGUGUUCUUCUUGUUCUCAGGGGAGCUUCUCUGAUGGGGCCGCACCUAAGGGGUGCAACCAUGAGAGGGCUCCUCUGAAGCUGCUCUGCGACAACAUGAAGUAUCAGAUCAUCUCUCGGGCGUUUUAUGGCUGGUUGGCAUACUGCCGUCACCUGUCCACUGUGCGUACACACCUCUCUGCUCUCGUCAAUCACGCCAUUGUGGCGCCCGACGUGCCGCGUGAUGCCUACAAGGGGCUCACCACAGACGUGUGGCAGACGUUCCUCCAGGACUGCACAGCAUACGAGGAGAAGGAGCUGCUUCGCCUGGUCUACUUCGGCGGGGUGGACGCCUCGUUGCGUAAAGAGGUGUGGCCUUUCCUGCUGGGUCAUUAUCAGUUCGGAAUGUCAGAGGCCGAGAGGAAGGAGGUGGAUGAACAGGUCCAAGUGUGCUACCAACAGACGAUGCGGGAGUGGCUCGGCUGUGAGGAGAUAGUCCGCCAGCGGGAGAAGGAGCAGCACGCUGCAGCAUUAGCAAAGUGCUCUUCAGGAGCGAGCAUGGACAGUUCCAGUCAGAAGAUGAUCCACCAUGACUCCACUGUCAGUAAUGAGUCCCAGUCCUCGCAGAGCUCAGACAGACAGAGUCUGGCUCGCCUGCAGAGUGACUCCAGCAGCAGCACACAGUUGUUCACAUCCUCCCAUCCCUUCCCCUGGAGUAGCCUGCUUCCCUUUGGCUUGUUCUUUCAGGUGUUUGAGUCCGUAGAGGAGGUGGACCAGAUCGAGAUGGAGCCCAAGGCCGAAGAGACCAAACAGAUGCCAAAAAUGCCCAAUGGAGCUCUGCAGAACGGGACAAGCUCUCCUGACUCUGGCCAUCCCUCCUCCCGCAACUUCUCUGUCACCUCUGGCCUGUCAGACGGCUCGCUCAGCACAGAGGACAGUGCUGCACCGGAUACUACCCCGAGAUCUGCAGCUGUCCCUCAGGCGCCACAGAGCCCCGUCAAACCUGCAGGGGUAGAGAGCGAGGGUCUGGCAGAGGACAGUCAGAUGAAAGGAAAAGCGAAGGACACAGAGGAGGAGAGAAAAGCACCUGAUGUGAUGAAAACUGCAGAAAAUACCAAGUCUGAGUUGACAGGUGACAACAUGACCCAAGCAUUGGAAGAGGAGCUGGUGAAGGAACCCAAAACACAAGAAACCAUCGAGGAAUCUGGUGCAGUUAUAACAGUGGGGCCUGAGUGUGGAGAUAAAGACCUGGUUGCACUGGCAGACGUUAAGGGAAUUACAUCUUUAGAGUCUGGGAAAACAGAAAUAGAAAUGUCGGACGAGGAUGCCAUGAUGGUAUCAUCAGCUGCUACAGAAUCCAAAGGAGGACUUGAGCAAGUUAGUAUUGAGGGAACAUCAAAGCUCAAGAAAACAGCAGAAACAAAUGUGGAAAAGACGAAGGAAAUUGAUGAAUCAAAGACAAGUAAACCACAAGAGGUUAUACUGGCAGGAAGAAAAGAAAAUCUGUCUUUAGAUCCCAUGGCUCCUGAAAUUAAAAAGAACCUCGUUUUCUCAGCAGACAUGGGGGACUCGAGAGCAAGAGAAGCCUACUUUACCUCCCAGAAAGAUGAGGCUCAGGUCAUGACUGAAUCUGAUGAGUCUCCCUCAGCCAUAGAGAUGGAGGAGAUCCCCAAAGCCAAAGUUUCCAUGGUGCCUUGGAGCAGGAAGGGACGUUGUGAAGCGUCGUCUUUCUCCGACGACUCGUCCCCUCACGUGGAGCUCAGGCAGGAGGAGGAGCAGGGAAAGCCCAGUCCAGAGGGCACCGAGUCCAUCCUGUCUGAGGAGCCAGAGAUGGAGAGCCUUUAUCCAAACUUUGACUCUCUGGCCGGUUCUGAAAAUCCCAAGAAUAAAGAGACAUCUCAAGAAUCUGCUGGGAGUGCCUUCUCUCAAGAGCUUUUGGACUUGUACACAUUAAAUCUACACCGUAUUGAAAAGGACGUCCAGCGCUGUGACAGAAACUAUUGCUACUUCACUCCGGCCAAUCUGGAGAAACUGCGUAACAUCAUGUGCAGUUACAUCUGGAGGCACCUUGACAUCGGUUACGUCCAGGGCAUGUGUGAUCUGCUGGCUCCGCUUCUAGUCAUUCUGGAUGACGAGGCCAUGGCCUUCAGCUGCUUCACUGAGCUCAUGAAGAGAAUGAAUCAAAACUUUCCACACGGAGGAGCUAUGGACACUCACUUUGCCAACAUGCGCUCUCUAAUCCAGAUCCUGGACUCCGAGCUGUUUGAGCUAAUGCACCAGAACGGAGACUACACCCACUUCUACUUCUGCUACCGCUGGUUUCUCCUAGACUUCAAGCGAGAGCUCGUCUAUGAUGAUGUGUUUUCAGUCUGGGAAACCAUCUGGGCAGCCAAGUAUGUCUCUUCCAGUCACUUUGUCCUCUUCAUCGCCCUGGCGUUGGUGGAGAUCUACAGGGACAUCAUCCUGGAGAACAACAUGGACUUCACUGACAUCAUUAAGUUCUUCAAUGAAAUGGCCGAGCACCACAACAUCAAGCAGAUUUUGACGCAGGCCAGAGAUCUGGUCUGCAAGGUGCAGAUGCUGAUAGAGAACAAGUGAAUUGUGCUGUUUGUCUUCUUUUCCUUCCAAGUAAACUAUGAAUGGCUGUAGCAGCACAAGAGUCAAGUACACACACACUCACUCACUACACAAAGCCUUUACAAUCAGUUUGCUGCUAUGAGCCUUAUCGACUGUAUCUGAGAUGUUGUUUGUGUUGUCAACAGGUGUGUGAGAAUAUUAUGCUUCAUAUUUGUCAGUAUGUUCAAGUGGGGAAAAAAGUAUCUGAAAAAUAGUUUCUUUAAUUUCUAAAUAUUUUUGUCAGAAAUCCCUUAAGUGUCGAUCUCAAUUCGAGUGCACUUAAUAUUUUGAGAUAAGGAUGGUUUUAGUUGCACAUUUCAAACCAUAAUGCAGAGGUGAAUUCAACCAGAGACUAUAUUUAUGAGAAAAAUACAUUGUGGUACUAGUUUAUAAUUAUUUUAAUAACCAAAGUCUACAAGAUUAAACAUUAAAUAUAUCAGCAAGUUAUCCCUCUAUUCCCGCCCCUUAAUGAAGGAAGGAAUGUCAGCAGACUUUUAAUUUUCUUUAAAUACAACACCCCAAAGCCAAAUUAAUUUUCACUAAUGACUGAUCGAAAACACUGGCCUGUCGUCCAAAAUGUAACUCAAACUCAGUUAUGUUUAACACAACGUUAAUAAAUUAAUUUAGCUUUUAGCACCAUGUCAGUGAUUUAGCAUCCAACAGUGUUUUUAAUGUCCUUGAACUGCCUUGUCUGCCAAAUGUUAUGUCUUUGUGUGAAAUGUACUGUACUAAGGAGAAAAAUGUGUUUAACUUAUGAGCAUUAUAUUAUGUUAAGAAUUGUAAAAUCAUAAUCUAAUAUUUAAGUGACUUAUGGAUGUCUGAGCAGAGAUUUAUAUAAAACAACAAGCCUGAUUUGAUAGCCCUCUUGAGUAAUUUUUCAUUAUCCAGUGAACCACUGUAUAUUUUGUAAAGUGUGCAGUUUUGCUCACCUUGAUUUUUGUCUUGCAUUGUCUGCUGCCUGUUUGUUGAAUCAAAUGUUAAUUUCAGCUGGAGUACGAUUGAAAAUAAUAGAGUGAUAAUGUUUAGUCACAGUGACCAAAUGAAAAGUUUUGUGGUUUCUUAUUAUUCACAUUCUUUUGUGUGACUUAAACACAGAGAUGAAAAUGAAAGGUGCAGUUUGACACUUUGUCAAAAUGAAUUGCAAAUGACCUGAUGUUUUGAGGGAAACUGUUUUGAUGUUUUUGGCAGAUUGGGGGCUUGUGAGGACAUACAAUAUAUAUCCGUUUAACCUUUUAAAUUAGUUUUAUGUUGGUCCCAGUUACUGACAUACACGGUCGUCAUUCAUCGCCUGAACUCAGUUGGUCUUCUAGUGUUGCUUCAUGAAUGUGAUAAGAUGAAUUGCUUUUAAUAUUGAUGUUUCUUUGUGAACGCUAACUGCUGUCAGAAAACCUGUUAUAAUUUUUUGUGACAUUUAUUUGCCAAGUAUUUAUUUAUGUAUUUAUUCGUUCAUUUUCUCAUUCAGAUGCUGCUUUGUUUGUAAAGCUGAUAUUUUUAUUUUGUGGCCAGUUCUAAUUGUGUAUUGUAAAACAAUCAAAUUCUAU